AUGGACAUAAGGAAGGGAAACCUAGUAAACCUAGUUUUAGUUGUGCGGAAUGUCGUAGACUCAAACUCAAAUGUUCGAGAACUUGGCCAUGUACCAGUUAUCCGAACCGAUCAUACUGAUCAAUAUCUAGGUGUCAAGCGUGGUUGUCCUCAAAUCUGUCCAAAUGGAGAACUACGUACAGGUUCAGGUCGUCGUGUAAUCUUAGCCAAUACAGAAGAAUUACACCAACGUAUCCAAGCUUUAGAAAUAGCUUUAGCAGAAUCUCAUUCUCAACAUUCCACCGCCCCACAUCCUCUCCUCUCAAGCACUUACACAUUCACCCCGGAUCAUGGCCCCUCAGUCCCCGUUCCUAGGGCCAAACCAGAUCCUCAACCCUCUCCAGCGAACGAUGAAGUAGAAGGAGCUUUCGGAACAUUGACAAUCACCCCUCAAGGGGAAUCCAGGUUCAUAGGGAGUUUUGCAGGAAGUGAAUAUUUGAGAGAAGAAGGAGAAGCAGAGGAGGACUCGUCACAAGCGCCUUUAACUCCCCCUCUCACAGGGGCGGAAUGGACGGGUGGAUUUCCGAGAGGUAUGAAUGAAGGAGGUUUGCACGAAUAUAUUACCAAUGGUACAAUGGGAUUUGAUGUAGAUGCUUUAAGAGAAGAGCUACCAGAUUGGGAGACGGAGGGGAAAGGGUUAUGUGAGAGUUAUUGGGAUAAUGUCAAUUGGAUGUAUCAAAUCAUCCCCCGACCAAUGUUCGAAGGCGACCAUCUUUUGAAUGCCUAUGAUACCGAAACACCUGCCAACGCUCACAAAUUAGCUUGCGUAUUUAUUGUAAUGGCUAUUGGAACAAUGUUCGAUCUUCAUCGUCAACCUUUCGAUCCAAAAGGAGACAAACUAUAUGCAUUGGGAAGGGCUUGUCUCAGUGCUGUAGGAUUAGAACACGCCAGUCCCGCCACUGUCCAAGGUCUUUUACUUUGUGGGACAUUCAUAUUGAAUGAUAAACAUGGGAACGGCGCAGAGGUAUUCUGGCCGAUAUUAGGUAGUGCAACUAAGGUGGCUCAUCGAUUGGGAUUGCAUCGCGAUGGGGCUGCAUUCGGGUUGUCGGCUUAUGAAACUGAAGAACGUCGACAAGUAUGGUGGGAACUUGUGACAUAUGACAGACUUCAAGCAAUGUGUUUCGCAAGACCAUAUGCUACCAGUAAUAAGAUGUCAGAUACUAAACCUCCUCAAGUGGGCAGUGGUCUGUUGUCAGAUCCCGAUUCUUUUCACAGUGCAAAGUACCGUCUUAUCCAGCUGUUCGAACGGGUCAUCGAUAUCCAAACUCAAGUCACACCUGUAUCACAGGGAGCCGUCAUUGCGCUCGAUAAAGAAGUGACUGAUUUCAAGAACUCGGUACCGGAAGCCUUGUUACCUGGCGUGUCGAUCCAAGAUCUACCUUUGAACAUGGACAUACAUCCUCAUCUGGUGAUCCACCGACUCGGUAUACGUCUUCUCGUCGCUCAAACCCGUCUACUCCUCAACCGACCAUUCUUCUCUCGUGCCUUGGUCGACAGACCUGAUGAUCCGUCGUCUUCCAAAUUUGGGCCGUCUUUCGUGGCGUUGUACGAAUCGGCUCAGGAGAUCGUCCAGCUCGUCAAACAGUUGGUCAUUUACCAUCCGAGUUUGAUCGCCAGAUGGUGGUUCUUUUGGUUUCACGCGUUUUCAUCUGCUGUCUGUCUAGCCGCUAUCACCAUCCGUGCUCCAGGUUGCGCCUUCGCCUCUCCCGCUCUACACGGAAUGAUUAUCGUAUGUGAUAUCUCCUUCGCCGCUCGAGAAGGUUGUCGAGCCAAACGAGGUCUUCCUAUCCUUUUACGUCUUCGUAAACGUGCUGAAGAAUCUCUUCAUUCCGCUCACAACCCACUCACUUCUCCUUCUCCAGAAGAUACAUCAGGUGAUGAUGAUCUCUCUCACUUGUCAUCUUCCGCUAAGCUCCGAAGAGUGUCAUCACCAUUACGUCGACCACCUCCGAAUGGAAAUGGAUUAUCUUUAACUCCUCCACCAGUAGGAGGUACUUCACCGUUAUCGGAAAGUGCUACGACUUCAGCGACAUUGGCAGAGAAUGGAAUGUUCGAAGGUGCCGUGCCAACUUUCCCAAUUUCAUCCGUUUCCGUACCUAUAUCCUCAGAUUUCCCUUCGAUAGGAAUGACGAAUUUCCCAAAUCUUUCACAAUUACCAAACCUUUCUCAAUUAUCAAUACCUCAAAUGUCUAUGAACAUGUCAAACAAUCAUCCGAAUAUACAAACAAAUAUACCACUAUCACAAUCAGGUAUAAAUCGAUCAAAUUCACAAGGAAGAUAUCUGAAUCAUACAACAGGAAUAUCUUCUUCAUCUGGACAACAAAGAAUGACUAUAUCACCUAAUUGGUCUCAAUUUUCACCUCAAUCAAAUACUCCCGAUAUGACUCAAGCACAAGGUUUCAGUAAUGGAAAUGGGAAUGGGGAUUGGAAUUAUUCGAAUGAUUUCAUAUCGGGUAAUUAUACACAUGGGAAUGGGAAUGGGAUUGGGAUGGAUCAGGAUAUGUCAAUGGCUUUAGGUUUAGAUCAUGCUCAAGAAAUGGAUUUAGGAUUCGAUUUUGAAGCUUUUGUAAGAGGUAUGGAUAAUUCUUAA